AUGAUUUGAAGAAUCGCCGGCGCCGACGACGUUUUUUUCCACCAGAAAUUUUAGAUCUAUCAAUCAAAGAAUCCAGCAAUGAGAAUGAUCCAACCAUCGCAAAUAUCACUGCCUCUAUACAAUCUACUUCUCCCGUCUUAUCAGUCACUGCCUCUUCUCCAUCUCCGAAAACUACCCCCCGAAAAUCGGAACUAAGCUUGCACAUGGAAAAUGCUCGGCGAGGGAUUACACCGGCAUUUUCCGAAAUGGGAAAGUAUAAGCCUUUCGCAAAACGGGCCGUUACAUCGAGUCCAAAACCUUCCUCUCCUAGAUACGUUGACAGUAGCCAGGGUAGCUUCUUCUCAAAAACUACUAACGCUACCAAAGAAAGUCGAUCCACUGUGUCAGAUGACGAUAAAAAUAAAGGAAUAGCUAAUAGAAUGGAAGAACUUUCUGCCCUUACUAAGCAGACCUUAGCACGAGUGGAGAGAUUAACCAGCAAGAGUAGAGAAUCCCCCAAGAAAGAUGUUCGACGACCAGUGACUUCUAGUCCCAGCAAACAACCCGAUCACAGAACUGGCAAAGAAAGAAGGAAACCUAUAUUCCCCGAAAAGGCACCACCAUCGUCAAUUCUCAAGAAAAAAUCAACCGUAGAGGAACCUCCUUCCAUCAUCGUGGAAUCCAUACCACCACUUGCUCUGUCUGGGCCUGUUUCUAUUUUGAAGAGAAAAGUUUCCCAAGACGAUCACAGCAAGCACGAAGGCAUUGUUCACUCUUCCACCAGCACUCCUCCAGUUACAUUCUCUCCUAGCGUAGUAGAACCAUCGACUACCAAACGUAAACAGGGUAUUUUAAAGAAACGCAGGAGCCUCGAUGAAUCCACGGUUAUGAGACAUCGUAGCUGUAGUCCUGACGUAGCUCAUAAGAAAGAUUCUCGAUCAAUUUUGAAGAACCAGCGGAGAUCUUCUUUGGAGGAGCUAAGAAGAACCCAGUCUCCGGAAAUUCAUCUCCACAGCAUUCUGAAGAGAAAAUCGUCUCGAACUGAGGACGAGGAUCAUUCUUUGAAUUCCCCACAAAGCAUUCUGAAGAGAAGGUCUGGUGCUAGUAGUGCUGGCUCCACCGGUAGCAGCCCACAUGUUUCUAUCACAACUGCCGUCAUUCUUGCAGCUGCAGGAGGUGCUGAAAUGGUUUUGGAUCCAGAACCGGAACCUGUGAAACCAAUCCUGAAAAAAAGAAGCUUCUCCGAAGAGCAUACGUAUCAUAGCGAUGCUCCCACAGACGUUCCCAAACCAAUUCUCAAGAAGAAAUCGAGCACGGAUACUGAGGAUUCUGAAGAAAAACCUAAACCUAUACUCAAGUUACCGAAAACUGCCGAGAGAGAAUUUUCAGAAGGUAGUAUAGACAACCCAUUCUUAAAGCAUACUACUUCGAGCGAGACUGAAUGCGAAGUUAGGCCCAUACUAAAGCAAACAUCGAGAGAAGAAUCUCCCAGACCAAGACUAUCCUUUUGUAGCGAAGAUACUGACAUUCAGGAAGAAGUCGUGAGAAACAGGACUUCAAGACGUUCGCAUACCAUUUGUACUGAUUUCAAUAUUGGCUCUUCGAACUCAAUAUCCAGAGAAGAGGAUAGGCUUAUGACUAAGCCUAGGCCUUUAUCUGUGCAUGACUUGGUACUUUCGUUUGAAAGUUCUAGCUCUACCGGAGCCAUUCCAAAAAGGAGUAGUUUGAAAAGAAGUAGCGAUCGAUAUAAGACACAGCCUGUGACGUCCAAUGAGUUUGAAGCAAGCCGAUAUUUGCUAAAAAGUCCUCAAUUCAUCGAAGAUCAUCCGACUAAUCAGAGCAAUCUAUCAAGCAAUUCUCCUAAUUUCGACGUCCGUAGCCUCCUGGAUUUCACCACGUCCCUAGAAAAUGACAGUAAUCUGAAUAGCUUUUUCUCCUCGUCUCUACAUAACCCAAGUAGCUCUGAGAAUUUCUCUUGCGGAAAAAUGUCUUCCGAUUCAGCCUUUCAGUCUCUAGGAGACGGUCUUGAACUGGAACAGGAAGAAGAUGGCACUCCUCAAGAUGUCGAAAUGCAAGCUUCCAAGGCUAAGAGCAAACUAGAACCUUCAAAAUUGGAAUUACAAAUGAAAGCAAUUGCAGAAGAAGCUAAGAAAAUGAAACUGGGAAAAGGAAAUACGGGAAUUGAAAAAUAUCGAUUGAGGAAAACUGGUGUGGUUGAUAAAUCUCCGCGAUUCUCCACCCAGCCUGUUACAUUCGAAGAAGUACAAGAAGCUUCGAGAAUCAACGAAAGUGCUAUGGAUAACUCUGGUGCAGAAGAAGCAGAUCCUAGUAACCUGAGCCUGGAGGAAAGGAUCAAGUUGUUCAACUUCAAAGACAUAAGUUCCAGAAAGUCUUCCAGUCCUUUGGUCUCAAGGGGAUAUAAAGGUCGUGCUCGUUUUUCAACGGAAUUGGUCAACGCUGAUCAUGUCUCGAUGGCACGUGACUUAUUUCUUCGUCCAACUGCUGCUUUAGGUGUGCUUUUUGUUUAUUUGUAA